GAUCUUUUCCUAUCGACUGCGCAGAAUCAUUCCAAGUGAACGGCUGGCGAAGGCGAAUGACUUCGCCGUUUCGAAGGGGAGGUAGACCAAAUCGAGGAUCUAUUGUGAGAGAGGAUGGGUCAGAAUCAAUCUGGGACUGGUGGCAGUGGUGGUGACAAGAAAGAUGACAAAGACAAAAAGAAAAAAUAUGAGCCACCAAUUCCAACGAGAGUGGGCAAAAAGAAGAGACGUAUUAAAGGGCCGGAUGCAGCCCUCAAAUUACCCCAAGUAACUCCUCAUACACGUUGUAGGCUGAAACUAUUGAAAAUGGAGCGUAUAAAGGAUUAUUUGCUGAUGGAAGAAGAGUUCAUUAGGAAUCAGGAGCGCCUGAAGCCACAGGAAGAGAAGAAUGAGGAAGAAAGAUCCAAGGUGGAUGAUCUCCGUGGUACUCCUAUGUCCGUUGGAACAUUGGAAGAAAUAAUCGAUGACAAUCAUGCAAUAGUGUCUACUUCGGUUGGCUCCGAACAUUAUGUAUCCAUCUUGUCAUUUGUAGACAAGGAUCAAUUGGAACCUGGUUGUUCUGUGCUGUUGAACCAUAAAGUUCAUGCCGUUGUUGGUGUCUUAGGAGAUGAUACAGAUCCUAUGGUUACAGUGAUGAAGCUUGAAAAGGCUCCUCAAGAAACUUACACUGAUAUCGGAGGUCUUGAUACCCAAAUUCAGGAGAUUAAAGAAUCUGUAGAAUUACCAUUGACUCAUCCAGAAUAUUAUGAGGAAAUGGGUAUUAAGCCUCCAAAGGGUGUGAUACUUUACGGUCCACCUGGUACAGGAAAAACCUUGUUAGCCAAAGCUGUGGCCAAUCAAACAUCAGCUACAUUCUUGAGAGUUGUCGGUUCUGAACUUAUACAGAAAUAUUUAGGAGACGGCCCAAAACUCGUGAGAGAACUUUUCAGAGUUGCUGAGGAACAUGCUCCAUCUAUUGUCUUUAUAGACGAGAUAGACGCAGUAGGAACGAAAAGAUAUGACAGCAAUAGUGGUGGAGAAAGGGAGAUUCAGAGAACCAUGUUAGAAUUGCUUAAUCAACUGGAUGGUUUCGACAGUAGAGGCGAUGUGAAAGUUGUUAUGGCUACUAAUAGAAUAGAAACCUUGGAUCCUGCUUUAAUUAGACCGGGUCGAAUUGACAGGAAAAUAGAAUUCCCACUACCAGAUGAAAAAACUAAAAGAAGAAUUUUCAAUAUUCAUACGAGUAGAAUGACAUUGGCGCCUGAUGUGAAUCUCGCGGAGUUAAUCAUGGCAAAGGAUGAUCUUUCCGGUGCAGAUAUCAAGGCAAUAUGUACUGAGGCUGGUUUAAUGGCUUUACGUGAACGACGUAUGAAAGUUACCAGUGACGAUUUCAAAAAGUCCAAGGAAAGCGUGUUGUACCGAAAGAAAGAAGGUUCUCCUGAGGGAUUAUAUUUAUAAAAGAAACAUUUAUUGUUAAUAAUCUGUAUGAUUAAGUCGCGGAGUUAUCCGGACGUUAAUAAAAAUUUCUAUAUAGGAAAUAAAAUUAAUCUUUUAUAACAAUA